AUGCAUACUCCGCAGCCUUUCAAUUACAGCAAGAAAGAAGAUAUCCAAGCAGCCCAAAUUAUCAUCACACAAAUCAGUGUUUUAAUUACCUCUGCUAAUAAGUCUAACCAUACCCAGGUAGAAAAGGAAAUCAAUAAUUUGUUGGAGAAGUCUCCACUUAUUGUUUACAUCAAAUAUUGGAAAAAGCUUUUAACACUAACUUCUGUACACAUAAAAGAGAACCGUACAUUAGAUCUCGCAUCCAAUUUUUUGCACACUUUACUUUACCACCUGUUCCAAACACUGGCAUACAAAAAUAACGAAUCGCUAGAUAUAGUCAAAAGAGAAGUCUUGGAAAACAAGAAUUUUUUGGCACAAAUAGAUCUCGAACCACAUUACUUGUUAGAGCUUCUCGAUACAGAAAAGGACGCGCAGAUCAUUAUCAAGCUCAACGCAGGAUCUCAUAUCGAAUAUUUAACGAAUUUACGAAAGUUGAGAAUGAACACGUCGCAAUCUUUGCAGCAAUUUUUAAGCGGACAGACACCUGAAACUCUGGAGCCCAACCUGAGCAGUCUUCUAUCUUCUUUGGAGGGCGAAAGCUUAAAUGAUAUGGUAGCAUUGAUUUUAUCGGAAGUAUUGUGCCCUGGAUCACAGAAUGUACAGCAAUCUUCAUCGACGUGGUUUACUCCUUCUGCGAUAGGGGAAGCUUUGCAGAGGGGAGUUCAAGUAUGCAACUCAUUCACAAAGUUAGGCCCUUCAGCUAUUGAUUGGAAUCGGGUAUUCAAUCUUAUGUCCACCAAAUAUUUUCUUAACCGCGCAAUUUCGGUUUCACUAGCAUCUUUGAAUGCCCUUUUUGCCGCUCUUAAUCACGGCCGCUUGAUCGACCAGUUUUUCAGUUGCGAUUGGGAUGCCCAAUUUAAGCUAAAUAUCUGCCUCCUUUUGCACAAAUGGGAUUUGCAACAAGGUUGCGUUGACCUUUUGAAGAUGCCUCACAUCAAGAAAGUUUCCGAUUCGUUGACAAACACAGACAACACUCUACUAUAUUUGAUGUUCGCCGCAAAAUUAGACGUCGAAAUAUUUCUUCUCCGAGAAGAAGUUGCUAGCAAUCCGAUGCUUCCUCUAUUCCAGGAGUAUUUUUUUGCAGACUAUAAUGCAGCUCCAGAAUACUUGGCCCUCGCGUUAAUGUCUGACACUAAACAUUUCACAUUACUUGUCGAGAAUAAAUCUGUGAUUGACGAAUUGCUCAUCACUCUACUCAUUCAAGUUUUCGAGAAAUCACCCGGUGUGACAUCGGAAGUAAUCAAGAAGUUAAGCUCUGAGAAAAUACUAGAAGUUGGGAGAUUUAUAAUCGGUAAAGAUACUGCAGCAUUGACCAACUUCAUACAGGCGUUAUCAAAUGAAGGACUUUUGGUCGAAUUCAUGAAGAAUCUAUCAUUCAAAGAAGCACUCAAAAUUUCGCCUAUUGCAAGAAAGUCAGGAUGGCCAGACUUUGACGAAUUUUUGAAGAUCAACUUAACCGCGGAGAACGUGUCAGCCAUUUUAGAUUUUCUCGAUAUUCAAUCUAAAAUGGAUGACUCUAAUACGCCAUAUAGAUCUUCAAAGGUCUAUGAUAUGCCUGCUUUACAUCAUAUAAUUACUGCGUUGAACUCCUCUACAAUGACUUCUUCAGAGCGGUCAAGGUUUGAGAUUAUUCAAUUUUCCCUUCUGAUCGCAUUCCCCAGAUUGAUUAACUAUGGCUUUGGUCAUGAUCAAGCAAUUUUGGCAAAUGGAGACCUCGUUCCCAUUCCUAUGAAUGUUGAAAAAGAAAUGCAGAAUUAUCUUCAAAAAAUGUACAGCGGCGAAUUGGCGAUAAAAGACGUCAUUGAAAUUUUGAGAAAACUGAGGGAUAGCGAUGACCCUCAUGAUCAAGAUCUUUUUGCCUGCAUGACUCAUGCGGUUAUCGCAGAAUCAAACUUCUUCAAAGACUAUCCUUUGGAAGCUCUGGCUACAACUUCUGUAUUAUUUGGCUCCAUGAUUCUUUUUCAACUUCUACGCGGUUUUGUAUUAGAUGUCGCAUUUACUAUUAUUCUAAAUUUUGCUAGGGAUGGGAAUGAAUCAAAGAUGUUCAAAUUCUCCGUACAAGCUUUGUAUGCCUUCAGAAUGCGUUUGAAAGAUUUCCCUGAGUAUUGUCGUCACCUAAUCGACGAAGUUCCAGCGUUGAAAAGCCAGCCACAAAUCUUCCAAACAUUAAGUGAAGCAGCUGCCCAGCCUUCAGAGAGGUAUUCCAACAAGCAACAAAACUUUCAAUCAGCUCCAGAAAUGAUAAGCCUUAACUACUGUUCUCUUAAUGAAGUUCCACCAGAAGUCGUUCAAGAUUUUCCUCCACGUGAGUUAACGGAAAAAGUGCUGUUCGUGGUAAAUAACAUAACCAUGGAUAAUUUCGAUGAUAAAAUGGUCGACUUAAAAGGUGCUCUUGAACAAAAAUAUUUCGGCUGGUUUUCAAAUUACUUGGUAAAUCAGAGAGCAAAAACAGAGCCUAACUAUCAUCUUCUAUAUGCGAAACUGUUGAACUGUUUUGAUGCCAAACUGUUGUAUGAUUAUAUUCUGAAUGCCACCUUCCAGCAAGUUUUCUUAUUACUUUCCACAAAGGAACUACAACCUAACGACAAGACUCAUUUGAAGAAUUUAGGAUCAUGGUUGGGUAGCAUUACUCUAUCUCUCAACAAACCAAUUCGCCAUCAGAAUAUUGCUUUCAAGGAGCUUUUACUGGAUGCCCAUCGCACAGGCCGUUUGGAUAUCGUUGUACCAUUUGUAACUAGAAUUUUACAACAAGUUGCGAACUCAAAGAUAUUUAUGCCUCCCAAUCCUUGGACUUUGGGCAUAUUGAAGGUGCUCUUGGAACUAAAUCAAAAAGCUAAUUGGAAGUUGAGCCUCACUUUUGAAGUAGAGGUUACUUUCAAGACAUUAAAAUUAAAGUUAGAUGAUGUUGAGCCAUCUAACUAUGUUAACGUUCCUGAUAUUGCAGAGAACUUGGCAGGGCAUAUCAAAUCUCUGACAUUGGACCAACAACAGGCUGAACAACAACAACAAUUGGUAGUUAUGCAGCAAUACCAACAGCAAUUCGUGUUAAUGCAACAUAGACAACAACAACAACAACAGCAAGUGGUAUCCGGUACAGUACCGUCUAAUAUUGAACAAGGACAUACAUCAAUAGAGUCGGCAACUGCAAGUGAAAACCCAUUCAGUAACUUAUUGGGAAGCACGAUGUUCGUAACUCACCCGGAUUUAAAGCGGGUAUUUCAGAUGGCUAUCGCCAAAUCAGUGCGUGAAAUUUUAGUCCCCGCAGUUGAUAAGUCUUCAGGAAUUGCGGCUGUUACUACUAUGAGUCUUGUGCUGAAAGAUUUUGCUACUGAAGUUGAUGAGUUCAAGCUGAAAACUGCGGCAAUUUCAAUGGUACGGCAUUUAGCCCAAAGCUUAUCCCGUGCCACAUCGAUAGAUUUACUGAAGGACACUAUUCGAAGCACAACGCAGGCGCUCGCUCCAAAUCUAAUGAAUAUGCCAAACUCUCCCAUUGAGGAGCUCAACGCAGCGAUCAAUGAUAACAUUGGCAUCGCUUUAGGCUUAAUUGAAAAAGCUACGAUGGAUAAGGCCACUCAGGACGUUAGCGAACAGUUGUUGCAGGCAAUUGCAGUCAGGAGAUAUCAUAAGGAGAGACGGUCCGACCAGCUAUUCCUCGCCCAAAAUGCAAACUCUUUUUCCUUGACGCUACCGGAGCCUCUAGGUCUGAAGCCCACAGGUGUCACUCCCCAGCAAUUUAGAAUUUAUGAAGAGUUUGGUAAAACAGCUUCAGUUCCUGCAGAACAAAAUACCGGUACAAGUUUGGGCACGAUUGGAAAUACGCCAAUGGGAGUCAUUCCACAGCAGGUAUUAGGACAACAAAUGUCGCAACAACAACAACAACAACAACAACAACAACAACAACAACAACAACAACAACAACAACAACAACAACAACAACAACAGCAGCAACAACAGCAGCAACAGCAACAGCAACAGCAACAACAACAGCAACAGCAACAACAACAACAGCAACAGCAGCAACAACAACAACAACAACAACAACAACAACAACAACAACAACAACAACAACAACAACAGCAGCAACAAGAACUUCAAAAGCAAGACCAACAGCAGCAUAAACAGCUUUUACUUCAGCAGUUACAGCAAUCACAAAACUCUAAUCAACCUCCUUCUGUGCUACCACAAGCUGCAAUUCAAAAUGAAUUAGAACAGAAUCACAGAGUUUUAGUCCUCUUAAUGGAUAGUCUAGUGGCAUUGAUAAAGGAGAACGCCGACAAGCGUCUAGAUGAUCUUGGCCAGGAGAGCAGUAUCAAGGAUAUUAUUCUUCAGAUUUUGGGCUUUAUAUCCAGAAGUAAUCAAAAGGAUCAGCUGGCAUUGAAAGUAUCCCAGGCUGUAGUCAAUAGUCUCUUUGCCACAAGUGAAAGCCCCUUAUGCAGGGAAGUAUUAUCGCUGCUAUUGGAAAAACUAUGUUCCUUAUCAGUCGUUGCACGUAAGGAUGUGGUAUGGUGGCUAGUAUAUGCUCUAGAUGCAAGAAAGUUCAAUGUUCCGGUUAUACGAUCAUUGUUAAAUGUGAAUUUGAUCAACAUCUCGGAACUUGACUCUGUAUUAGUCAUUGCCAUGAAAAACUCCAUGGAAGGAGCUGUCGACUUUGCAAUAAAUUUAAUAAGAGACACUGUACUAUCUGAACAGCCUUUACUCAUGCGCUUAGACUUCAUCAACACCCUGGCUUAUUUGAAAUCAAUUGAUAAUGAAAAUACAAAUUCAUUUUUCUUGGAAUACGAGAAUACGAGAAUAUUACCUGUGCCAAAAGCGACAAGAUCGACAAACAAAGAAAGAAUGUAUUUGGUAUUCACUGAAUGGGUAAAACUGUUGCAACGUGUACCUUCGGAUGAUGUCGGAGUUUUGGUAUUCAUAAGGCAGAUGGUUAGUAAAGGUGUUUUGGAUCAAAGCGACAAACUGAUAGAGUUUUGCAAGGCGGCUAUCGAGCUUUCUGUGAACUCAUUCAAAGAAAGUGAUCCGACAAGCGAAGUUUUUAUCGCGAUAGAUGCUUUCAGUACUCUCAUUGUGAAGCUGCUCUGUUUGUUGGACUUUUCUCAAAGCACUAGAAAGGAAUAUUUUGAGAUUAUAUUUUCAACAAUUACUCUUGUAUUCUCUGAAGAUCAAGCCAAAAAUGGCAACAAUUUCAAUGAGAGACCUUACUUCAGACUUUUAUCGAGCUUACUCUGCGAGUGGGAAUACUUACGAGGCCAUAAUUUUGCGAAGAUUAAAGAUGCACGAGCCAGAAAGGAGCUGAAGGAGUUUGAAGAACAAUUCUUUGAAGUGUUCGCAUCAUUCUUACAUGCCUAUCAGCCUAUUGCAUUUCCGGGAUUUUCUUUUGCUUGGAUCACACUAUUGUCCCAUAGAAUGUUCUUGCCUAGGUUGUUAAGACUACCAGACAAAAAGGGCUGGCCAAAAUUACUUUUGCUAUUCAGUGAUCUCUUGAAGUUUAUGGGCCAGUACACUAAAAAGAGUCACGUACCUGAUGCAAUAUCAGUUGUGUACAAAGGGACUUUACGAAUCUUUUUAGCUGUCGGCAAUGACACUCCCGAGUUUUUGGUUGAAAAUCAUUACGUGCUCUUGAACUAUCUUCCGAUGGUUUACAUGCAGCUACGGAAUAUCAUUUUAGCAGCUUUUCCUAAGAAGCUGUCAAUUCCGGAUCCCUAUGAUCCUAAUCUAGAAAUCGAGAAAACAGAACUUUGUCAAGACGCACCUUUGAUAUUUUAUGAUCCUGUACAAGAUUUGAAAAACCUUAAGAAGCCUGUGGAUAACUAUUUAAGGAUUCCAACCACUUCCUUGAUGAGAACAAUCUCAUCUGGAGUUUACUUGAACGAGUAUGAAAGAGAGAAUGGUAUAGGAUAUGAUAAAACAGCUGUAGAUGUUAAAUUGAUCAAUGCCAUCGUUUUGCAUGUGGGUAUCGAAGCGGCACUUGAAAAGGAAAAAACAUCCGCAAAUGCCAUAUUCAAUACAGAAUCAUCUUACUACACAAUAUUGACUAACUUGAUAACUGAAGGCACAACUGAAGUCAAGUUUUACGUCGUGCAGGCUAUCUCCAAUCAAUUAAGAUAUCCCAACGCUCACACAUUAUGGUUCAAUUACGUCCUCAAGAAUAUGUUCACUUCGAAUGAAUGGGGUGACAACAAGGCUGAGAUUCAAGAAAUCAUAAUUCGCACUCUAUUAGAACGUAUCAUUACCAACAAGCCUCAUUGCUGGGGCGUUAUUGUUACCUUCACCGAUCUCCUCAGGUUGAAUGAUGAAUCCUUGGCGGAUCUCUCUUUCAUCAAAGAUAUUCCAGAAGUUGAAUUAAUUGUCAGAAAUCUUUCCAAGUAUAUUGUGAAAUCCCAGGCCGCACCAGAUAGUCCUCUAGAGUCUCAACUAAAUUCUCAAGAGGUCAAGUCAGAAGCAUAG